AUACGGUGGCUAUAUCUGCAUCGUACAAAAUACUUCGUAAGAAUGGAAAGUCAGCUGAUAUUGGACCGUUCUUACUGAGAAGAACGGUUCAACUUGAAGUGUCAUGAGGACGAACAGUGGAUUCUCCGGGCCGUCCGAUACAGAAGGAUACCAAGUAUCUCACUCAGACUUUAAGAAUCGCCUCGUAUCAUGUCGACCCCAAAACGCAUCUGUCAAAUUAUCAAAUUGAAGCCAUCUUCCGAAGCGGAAUAUAGAGAAUGCCAUGCCGCCGUGUGGCCUGGCGUACUUGCGGCGCUUGAACGCGCUCAUAUCGUCGACUAUUCCAUCCAUUAUUAUGCACCGCUUCAUCUCCUCAUUGCCAACAUGAAGUACACUGGGACUGAUUAUGAGGCCGACAUGAAGAAAGUUGCCGAGGAUCCUGAGACGCAGAGGUGGUGGGCAAUGACGGAUGGAAUGCAGGAGAGUCUGGUUGAAGGUGCUACUGGUAGUGGAAAGGAUAUACCGUGGUGGGCUGACAUCGAAGAGGUUUUUAGGUUCGAGGGAAAGCCUUAGUAAACAGGGCAGCUGGAAAGAAACUAUACCAUACAUGCCAGAAACUCGCCGUUCGAAUUCAAUCCAGCCGAUUCACCCGAGCGCAGUAGCGUAUAUACAUGGGAAAUGCCGACUCAGUUUAGACUCGUUCCAAAUUCUGGCCACGACCCGCAAGCAUGGGUUGCGUUCCAUGAUU